UCACAAGACGAGCGGGCCACACUUGCUUUGAAUAUCGAACUCUCUUACUUGGUUACAAGUGUAUGGAGCGUAAUAUUCAAUCUCUCGACUUUUGAUUUGCUCUCGAUUUGUACACCUGGAUUAAGUAAAGAGCUUUGGUAAAGUCUCUGGCUUUAUGUCGGACACAAAUAUUUCACUACCUGAACGAACGAAAUAUGGAAAUGAGGGCUAUGUUGUAAAGAGGAAUAAAUAUGAGUAAAUCAAGAAUUCCUGCACUUGCCAGAGGACUUCCAGGUCCAAGUAGCAGAACACAAAGAAGUCUUGGCUCAAAACAGUCUACAAACACAUCAAAAUCAUCUAAUUUAUUACACUAUGGCUUUGCUAUGGGGAAAACUAAAUCAUCAAAAUCAGGAAUAAAGACAACUGACUUAGAAAGCGAAGAUAACGAAAACGAAGAGAAGUCUAUGAAAGAGGACGUGUCAGGAGACUAUGGAGAACUCGAUUCUACGAAAGCAAACGCGCUAGCAUCAGAUACAAGAAUGUCUGAUAGUUUACAAGAUAAAGAAUGUGGUUCCGUUGGUGAAGAAGGUAUUGCUCCACCAGAAAAACACUUAAACUUGUCUGAAACACAGCUCAACGUUCUCUCUUACAGUUUAUCAGAACUUGCGGACAAAAUAUCGCCAUCGAAGACUGAUUAUUUUGAUGACGAAGAGUGGGAUACAAAACAGAAGUUAGAAACUGUUGUUACUGAACGUAGAAACUCAUUAGGUCGAAGUAAAAUGGCAGGUGACGAUAUUGUAAGCGUUCCGCACUCUAAGUCGCCAUAUUCCAGGAAGGUUCAAGCUGAAACAAAACCUUAUUUGUCCAAACAAAAAAGUUUUAACAAAAAGAAACCUCUGGUGACAUCGAAUGAGCUGAACUUAUCUGACGAUGAUAAAACUAGAAGCAGCGAAAUUCAAACAGAUAAAAAGGAUUCAAUUGAUAAAGAGGAACUUAUGUCCAAAGCAGCUUCGCCAUCACAUCAGGAAUCAAUGGAGUCAGGAUACAAUUCGUCUUGGUCAACGUCUUCCUUGAGCGAAGACUUCAAAACCUCUAAAUGUAGCACCGAUACGGAUGCUGAUGUGGACUUAAGAGAUUUGAAUGACCAGACUCUGAAAGACGGAACUGAUGAUGUUGACGAACAGCUAAAAAAUGAAACGUCGGCAGCACACUAUGAAAAGGCUCUUCAAAAGAAAAUUUCCGACGUGGAAAAAAGGAUCAACUCUCUCAUUCUUGGAGGCAAUCCAAUAGAUUUGGACACGAGUGGGGCGGAGGACAAUUCAGAUAAAAAUAGCAGUCAAUCCCAGGAAUUAGUAGAUAAAACUAUUUCAAACAAUUGUGCGGAAGAUUUAAAGGACGAAAAGGAUGAGACUUUAACAAACGGAUUUCAAGAAGAGUCGCAUGAACUGAAAGACUUUAACCAAAACGUUAGAAUUGAAAAAUCAAAAACUUUGGGUCGCUCGAGAGAUGUUGACCAAGAAAUAUCACAGAAAUCCCCUUUCCAUAUGCUUAAAGUCCGAAAAGCAUCCCUUGACGAAAGUCGUGUAGACCCAAAGCCUAAAAGACCCGGUCUCGUUCGACGAAGGACGACUUUAGUAACAUUCAGAGCACCUCGACACGCGUCUGCGUUCAAUGAAGUGGAUGAUAGCGGUGUCCUGGAGAUCGAUGAGGCUGGUUUUGUUCAGUGCUUGACCGACGUUCGAGCCAUGAAAACGAUGCUACUGAAACUAAAAAGAGAACUUCAAGAAGCUGAAGUAGUCUCACCAUUGGCCAAAUCAAAGUCUAUUUCAUCCAGAAGCAUAACAAACUUGUCCAAUUUAUGUGAAAAUGAUUCUUGUGAUGAAUCGGGCGUAAGACGAAACACUUACGACUCAAGCGAAGUYAUUCACGAAAAACUACGACGUAUUCGUUCGGCUUCUUUAUCAAGGAGAAAGCAAUCGUCUUGUCUGGAGCGUCCAGACGAGGAGCAGCUUGCUGCAGAGAACUCUACCCAGAGAACUGUAGAGGAAAAAAGACAGAAUGAUAGUGAUGAAGAAAUGAAGAAGAUGAAGGAAGAGAUGGAGGACUUGAGAGAAAAGAUGAAAAAUCUGAAGGAGGAACGUGAUACGCUUUUUAUGGAUAAGGAAGAGAUUGAGCAUGAACUGGAAACGAAAAACCACACGAUAAAGCUUCUACAGAAACAACUGGAAGUGCAAGAAAAUAGCGAAGAAAUGGCAUACCUACAGCGGCAGGUGGCUGCAUUAACCUACCAAGUUCGACAACAACAACAAAAAAUCACGGAACUAAAAUACAGAGCGUCGACUCCACCUAACACUUCAAGAUCUACGUCACCUACGAAUUUCAGUACGAAGAAAGAUGCUGUGAAAGUUGAUAUCAGAAACAGGCUGCGUGAUGCGUUUGUUCGACAUCUUGAGGAAUCGUCCAAGAGCCACGUGCUGUUGAGCAAACACAUUGAAAAGGCGGAAUUCACCAUCGGUGAAGCCCAGAAAGGUCUCAAAUCAAUAUAUAUCGCUACCACAUCACAAACCACAGCAAGUAAAGAGAGUCUCACAGAAGUCGGCAAAUCAUCGGACAAAGCUCAACCUUCACCGAACUUACUCGGAACCCCUCGAACGCCCGAAGAAACCCGACGGCACUCGUGGACAGCCAACUCGAUAGACAAGAUUAUAAAAACAUGGAAAGACACUGCUAAAUCGAUUGAAAAUCUUUCUAGCAGAUCGACUAAUGACGAUAAAAAGUCAAGCCAACUACCUAAACCAAAGAGCUUAAAAAACCCGCCUCAUAUGGCAUUUCUCUAGAUAUUUUAAAUAUCUAUUUAAAAAUUUGGGAAUUGCAUGGUAAUCUGCCUAUAAAGUCAUUUUUUCGAGCCCUCGAUUCUCAAAGUCAAAGUCUAUGAUUUUUUGAAUUUUCACGCAUGACAGGAGUUGAAUUUUUCUUCUUUUUUUACGAGAAUAUUUUACAACUUCCUUUAAUCUGCCUAUUGGAUUCACAUUUUUCGAGCACUCGAAUCUGAGAUUAAGAAUUUAUGAUUUUUGUGAAUUUUCACACAUAACAAAAGUUGACAAUUUACCUUGGUUUUUGGCGGGAAAAUGCGCGUGCGCGUCAAACCUUUGUAGGGACGGACCAUUAGAUAGUUGAUGGGGGGUUGCGAAAAUCCCACAAAAAUAAAUAUCGAGCAAGCACUUUAACCUCAAAAAAAUAUCGUGCAACUUCUUCUGCUAGAAGAAAAAUAUCUAACUGUAUGCAAAAUAACGUGCAAGGGUUGAGCCAAAAAAAUAAAUAUCAUGCAACCAAAAUUCCUGCAACCCCCCCAUCAUUUAUCUAAUGGUUCAUCCCUAAAGGCAUUUUUACACGGGCGAUUUUUACCGCGAUUCGAGGUCCGAUGUUUGCGGCUAGUUUUAAAAAUAUAAGAACUUUUGUCUCAUGCUUCAAAAGAGGCAUUUGUCCAGGUAUUCGGAAUAAAACUUUACAAGAUAGUCAUUUACUAUUCUUGAAAAACCACCUCAAAUCACUGCAAAAUUAGCCCGUUUCAACGGGUCUUACCUCGACUAGCUUCGAUGGAAGAGCAACAUGACACCAAACACUUAACUCUAACUUAAUGCAUAGCAAGUCACUCGCGCGGUAUAAAAAAUAAAAAUAAAAGAAAGAGAUGGUAAUAGAAUGCGACAAGUAAGAUUAUUUUUCCAAGACAAAAGACUUCAGAGCUGGAUGCAACCCUUGUAGAUAGAUAGAGAGAUGGUAAUAGAAUGCGACAAGUAAUAUUAUUUUAAGACAAAGACUUCAGAGCUGGAUGCAUCCCUUGUAGAUAGAUAGAGAAAGAGAUGGUAAUAGAAUGCGACAAGUAAUAUUAUUUUAAGACAAAAGACUUCAGAGCUGGAUGCAACCUUUGUAGAUAGAUAUUUAAAAGUAUUUGAUAUGAAAUUGUAAGAAUGUAUUUGUACUGAUUUACCGGCGAAGACUGUACAAAUCUAUAAAAUAAAGUGCCAAGUUGAUAUUCAGAA